GCCAAAAUGGCAAAAAGCAGUUCCGGCUUCUCGUUAUCGGAUCUGAAAUCUCCGACAGAAAUGAAUGAUUUCGAGACUUCUGUGGCCACCGAUCAGAUCGAAGCGCUCGAUAUCAACGCCUAUUACAACACUCCCCAAGACAUGGCUUUGGGUGAGACGUCGACUCUUAAUCAACGCCUAAUGCAAGUGGAGACACAGCCCGACCACACCUCCAGCCUCUAUCCCGUCUCACAAAUGCUUUUAGUUAAGCAUUCGUUGCGAUGCAAGACAUGUGACCACAACUUAAGUAAACCCGAAUACAAUCCCUCAUCCAUUAAGUUUAAGAUACAACUCAGCGCUUAUUAUCACAUUCCAGAACUGCGGAUCAAAUCGAUUCCAACGCUAAAGAUUGGACAAGAGUUUAGGCUAGAGAUGACUCUACAGAAUCCAACUCCUUAUGCACUUCACGUAACGAUCUUUGAUUUGUCCGAAAGUUCUGAUGAGAGCGCAGCCAUUAAAGUGCCUCAACUUGUAAUGGGUUUGGCGCCCAAAGACGACACCGCAGACCUCGACAUCGAUAAGAACUUUCAGUCACAGUUCAACGACGACAACAAUUUUAUAUCGUUUCGAAAGGGAAACAAAUUAGGGUUUUAUAUAAAUGUGUGUCCAUUAAAGACAGGCGAAUGUCGGUUCAGGAUUGGGAUGAAACACGACUUCGUGAACACUGUUAUUCAAUCCACUCGUGAGGGCCCUAAUGAUAGACAGUCACAGAUCUCGUGGAUUACACAUAAGAUUUGGAUCAAUUUGGGUGAUGUUUGCGAUUAACACUAUAUCCGUCACAAACAUGUCGGUUAAUCAUUCACUUGCAAGCGGUAAUCGAUAUAAUAAUCAUAUGCUUUAUAUUUCAAGUUUGAUGUGUACAUGAAUUUUAGGCGACUUUUCUAUUAAACUUAAUUUAUUUAAAAAUAACUAAUUUUGUGAAUCGAUUUUUAUAUCAAUAUUAAUAU